CCGAUUCUCCUACAAGCAAGUAGACAACUAAAACGAAAUGGUGAUGGGUUGUAUGUGGAUGAGGCGAGUCCGCCUCACUGCAAAUUCUCUCCUCCUAGCGAUGGCCUCCUCUUCUUCUUCUCCCGCUACUACUCUUCCAAAUACUUACCGUCACCCUUUCUUUUCCUUCCCAUCGUUGAAGUCACCUCAUUCCCUUUCCUUCGCUUCCUCCAAUCGUCGCUCGAUCUCAAUCUCAACCCCCUGCUGCUCCUCUGCAUCCCCACUACUUUCCCUCCGCGAAAACGAUAAUUUCCCUGAUUUUGGAGGUGGGGAAAGCUAUAAUAAUCCGGAAAAAGGCUCCAAGGUGCUUCUGAAAGGAAUGGAUUAUUUCGAGCUUCAAGAAUGGGUUCAAUCACAUGGAUUCAGGCCUGGUCAGGCUUUAAUGUUGUGGAAGCGUCUCUAUGGAGAUAACAUUUGGGCACAUAAUAUUGAUGAACUAGAAGGAUUAAACAAAGAUUUCAAGAAAAUGCUGAGUGAGCAUGCUGAAUUUAGGGCCUUGUCUUUGAAAGAUAUUCUCACUGCAUCUGAUGGCACUAGAAAGAUAUUGUUUGCGCUGGACAAUGGGUUGGUAAUAGAAACAGUUGUGAUACCCUGUGAUAGGGGCAGGACAACUGUUUGUGUUUCAAGUCAAGUGGGCUGCGCCAUGAAUUGCCAAUUCUGCUAUACUGGCAGGAUGGGUUUGAGGCGACAUCUAACUGCAGCUGAGAUAGUAGAGCAAGCUGUAUAUGCAAGGCGAUUGCUCUCUAGUCAUGUUGGUCCCAUUACAAAUGUUGUAUUUAUGGGAAUGGGAGAGCCGCUCCAUAAUAUUGAAAAUGUCAUAAAAGCUGCCGAUGUUAUGGUGCAUGAACAGGGCCUUCACUUCAGCCCUCGCAAGGUAACUGUUUCCACUAGUGGACUUGUCCCCCAGCUGAAACGUUUUCUCAAUGAGUCCAAAUGUGCCUUAGCUGUUAGUUUGAAUGCUACAACUGAUGAGGUCAGAAAUUGGAUCAUGCCAAUUAAUCGGAAGUAUAAAUUAGGAUUGCUUCUUGAGACCCUUCGAGAGGAACUACGGUUCAAACACAACUACAAAGUUCUAUUUGAAUAUGUAAUGCUUGACGGAAUCAAUGACAGCAUCGAGGAUGCAAAAAGGUUAAUCGAUCUUGUGAAGGGCAUUCCUUGCAAAAUCAAUCUUAUCUCAUUCAAUCCUCAUUGUGGAUCCCAUUUUAGACCAAGCAGUGACGAGAAGAUGAUUGGGUUCAGAAAUAUUUUAGCAAAAGGUGGUUGCACUGUUUUCUUGCGACUCAGUAGAGGCGAUGAUCAGAUGGCUGCCUGUGGUCAGCUUGGCAAGCCUGGUACAAUUCAAGCUCCUUUGCUCCGUGUUCCGGAGCAAUUCCAAAUGGCUGUAAAUACACCAGUGUGAUUUCUUGGAUUAUGAACAAAAUCGAAAAUUAAUCUCCAAAGAUGAAACAAAAAUGGCUGUAGCGUUAUUCCUCUAUCGCAAGCGUCGGACUGGUGGACCAGGAAGUAGGCAAGGAAGACCCUGUUGUAUUUUUAUUGUUCUUUUUCUCCUCGCAAAGUAUUCUUUAAUCCUUGUUAUCUGCAUUAUAAGUAUUUCCCUGGACUUGCUUAUUACAGACAUCUAGCUAUUUGCUUCUUAAAGGUAGACGUAUCAAUUUUAAACAAACAUGGUCGUAU